AUGUCGGAAGACAAAAGGGCUGGCCAGCAAAUGGAGAAAACUGUGUCUUCUGCAAAGGUUAUGAAAAAUCGAGGCUACCUGUUCAAACCAUAUGAUAAACCAACAACCAGUUUUGGCCAGACUUGGCAACCUGGAAACAAGUCGUACAACUACAGGCGUCCUUUUUUUGGACACAGUCGGGCGACUAGCCAAGCAACGAUGGGGCCGAGAAGGCAGAACAACCACAACAACAAACCCCAGGAACCCAAGAG